UCUGCUUCGCUCUGCGCUUAAAUUUCUGUAGGCGUCGCGCCAUGGUAAGUUCUUGCGCUCUUGCCGCGGGAGUGCAAGAAUCGGUGGCCUUCCUGGACAUCCGGCGGGGCUUAUUGCCUGGAUGCCAUUUCUUGGAUAGUUAUUUAGCUUCUUGCAGGAUUUUCGCCCGGAAUUGUUGCCGCCGUCGUGACGGUUUCUUGGUUGGGAACAGGUUUCUUUUCCGGGGGCAUGGACUGGGCGGCGGCUUCCGGGGCGCCAUCCUGGGGCGCGGCGGCGGCGUCGGACCCCGGCCCGACCAUGCUGUCCUUCGCGGGGCCGUCGUCCUCCGCCGCCGCCGCAGCCGCCGAGGCGCGGCUUCAGGAUUUCGCCGCGGGGCUGGCCCAGCGAGCCCGGCCGGUGGGGGCGGCCGGAGGUGGGAGGAGGUCCCGCUCGGCGGGCGGUGGCGGCGGCGCGGAGGCCUGCUCCGUCGACGGGUGCCGGUCCGACCUCAGCCGGUGCCGGGAGUACCACCGGCGGCACAGAGUCUGCGAGGCGCACUCCAAGACGCCGGUGGUGGUCGUCGGCGGCCAGGAGCAGCGCUUCUGCCAGCAAUGCAGCCGGUUUCACAUGCUGUCUGAGUUUGACGAGGGGAAAAAAAGUUGCCGGAAGCGUUUGGAUGGCCAUAAUAGGCGUCGAAGAAAGCCACAGCAUGAUCUGACAAAUCUUGGGGGUUUCAUUCCGUACCAUCAAGUUAAUCAAUUUGAAAUUUAUCCACAAACAACUCCAACAGUCCGCGAGAAUUCUGACACUAUGCACUUGGUCCAUCGUCAGCCACCCUUCUCCAUAUCAUUCUCAAGAACACCAAAGCAGCUCCCUUUCCCACAGGACGGUGGUGGCAUGCUCAGUGCAUCCCACCACGGUCAUUUUUUGGUUGAGGAUAGCAACCACACUGGAAGCAGCGCAUGCAACAACACGCUGGGCCCCAAGUGUGCUCUCUCUCCUCUGUCAUCAUCGCUGCAUCAUCCCUCCCCUGCUGGCCAAGCACAGGUUGCCUCUGCACUCUCUCGCAUUGCUUCCGCGUCACAGCAGGUUGCAACAGCAGCUGUCACUGCUGCGUUUGCAUCUGGUGGCAGCCACCAUGUGUUUGUUCCUGAUGCUGUGUUGGAGGAUCCUUCACAGGCACUGCCAUUUCCUUGGCAGUAGUAGACAAAAUGUGUUGUGUUUUGUGUUGCUGCCGAGUUCUCAAUUUCUUGCAAUGGUGUUGACUGGGAUGUGUUGUGUUUUGUGUUGCUGCCGAGUUCUCAAUUUCUUGCAAUGGUGUUAACUGGGACUUGGGGGGGUGUUUGUGCACCUGGAGAUUCAGUUGUAGUCAGGAGAUGUAUACAAGUGAUCCUGCAGGAGAUGGAGGUGGUGGCUGUUGUGCAGAUUGUUUAGUUGAUUGAUUUAAAUGUGUCCUGUUAAUAAUUCUGUGCAUUUUUGUGAUAUUUAUUUUUGCAAAAAUAUAUGCAUGUAUGCGCUACUGGAAUUCUGGAAUGCCUUCAGGGACACAAAAGAUCUGAUGGGCAGAUGGCUCAGUUUUACAUGGGUCCGCUUUGCCUAGUUCAAUACUUCAA